UGGAAACGAAACGUACUGGGAGUAAGUGGUUCUUGCUGUGCAAUACGAUUGCUGAAGGCAUUCUGACACAUUUCUGCACAAUAUGGGUUUGGCAUAUUGGAAUCUUCCUGCGGGAUGAAAUAUUAAUGUUUAUUUUACAGCGGAAUUUAAGCAGCUGGGGAGGGAGUCUGUGAGGCAGAUACUUGCACAACAGCUGGUGCCUCAACAAAUUUCAGCAGGGGCACCAGUGACACCAAUGUGCAUUUUAAGCCCUUAUAAUAAUGGAAUCAUGUAAAAUCAUUUUUCCUUUUUAUUGCCCAUCUUGAAUAAUGUAUCCAAAAAGACAGUAUUUUUCAUUAUCCAUGCACAUACUGCAAUAAAAAGUCAAUAUAAUCUUUUGGGAUAGAUUGAUAUCCUGUCUAUGGUUAAGGGGUUUGUGGCCUUGCUCACACGCCUAACGGGGAUGUGACUAUUGUCGAGAACAGGGUACAAACCAGCAACCUUCUGAUCACAUGUGCAGAGGUCCAACAACCCGAGGCACACAUCAUCCUACAUGUAUAACUACAAGAGACAGGAUAUUUUUGUCUUUCACACCAUACUGUGCAAAUCCUACCCGAUAUACUACAUGAAAAUUUAAAGGAAGUGGAUAUAACGUUGAGCUUCAGUCACGUGAGUCACAGUUGGUAGGAUCUUUUACAUAUAUAUUCCAGAUGUCAAUGCCGGGUCAGCGUGUAACUCCACGGUUAAGUUGAGUCUUAUCCGCAGGCUCCUGAUAAAUCACACAAGUCUUACGCUAUAGUUGUAACCGACACGAUCCACCCGCACGCCAUACGUUCGCACGAGCCGGUGACGUGUUCGCGCCCCAGCCAAUCAGAUGGAGCUGCGUGAUUGUGAUAAAGCGCUGGCGCUGUAGUUUCAGCACCACAGAGCGGACAGCCGCACGGAGCGCUAAUCCCCAACCGGCAGGAUUUAUAUGGAGCACAUUUACGUUUUUUCUUUCCGUGAUAAGUCAGCUUUAUAAGCAGAUAAACCAUAUAAUUUAAGAUAACUGGAAAAUCUGCAGCUUGUAGACAUUUGAAAUAUUCUAAUAGAAUCAUCAUUUCUAAAUAAAUUUCUACACCUCUAAGAAAUCUCUUUUUGAGCUAUUAUUUGAUUGUGGUAGUCUUAAACCCAAUACUAGCUUUAAUGCUUUCUUUAAUUAAAGUCUAGAAGAUAUGAUUUUUAUGAUCCCCUUAAAUUUUAUGCACGUUAAAUAGAAUCCGACAGAUUUAUAAAAUACUUUAUUUUCCACUCUAGUCAUUGGUGCUUUUUCAGCUUUGUCUUGCAUCAAGGACAGUCUACGCGUCGUCAUGCAUUAUUUCUUAGCGGGGUUGCUUUGCUUUUACGCACUUGGCGAUAGGAGACUUGUGCUCUCCCAAGACAUCGCAGGGUCCCGUUUUGUUUGCACGGCAAUCCCGGUCGGUGCGGAUCCAAACUGCGCGGUGCCUCCCAGUACCAUGCAGGGCACGAGUACCCAAGACGAACAUCUUAGGGACACGGUAAUGCAGCUCCGGGAGACGAUCCUGCAGCAAAAAGAGACCAUCGUCAACCAGCAAGGCUCCAUCAAGGAACUGACUUCCAAACUUUCUCGUUGCGAGUCCGAAGCAUCGCCUCAGGACGGGAGAUCGAGAAGUCAGGGCUCCUGGAGGAAGGAUUACAACAAGAACACCAUGGGUGACCUUCCCCGGGACCCUGUCGAGACCAUCGAUCAUCUGGGGAAGACGAUGCAAAGUCUGAAAGCAAGGCUGGAGAACUUAGAGCAGCAGCAGCAGGUGCGCAUGAACAUGUCCGGCGUGUCUGUCCCUAACGACCUCCGGGAGCUGCUGAAACAGAGGCUGGGCGACCUGGAGAAGCAACUUCUGACCAAGGUGGCCUCACUGGAGCAGGACAAGACGCAGCUAUACAAUGAGACGGCUGCCCACCGGCACCGUACAGAGGCUACUCUUAACUCCCUGCUGGAGCGCAUUACUGAGCUGGAGAGGGCACUGACUCAGGUUGCCCCGAGCGACAGCAGACACCGUCACGCCUGGGGUAACUUCGGACUGAAAUCCUCAGAGGAUUUCAAGAUCUCUCUCCCGCUGCGCACAAACUACCUGUACGGCCGCAUCAAGAGCAGCUUGCCGGAGAUGUACGCGUUCACCGUCUGCAUGUGGCUCAAGUCGAGCUCCGGGCCUGGAAUCGGGACCCCCUUCUCUUAUGGGGUCCCGGGGCAGGCCAACGAGAUAGUGCUUAUCGAGUGGGGGAACAACCCCAUAGAGCUGCUGGUGAACGACAAGGUGGCCCAGCUGCCCUUGUCCGUGAGCGAUGGCCGCUGGCACCACGUGUGUGUCACCUGGACGACGAGAGACGGGCUGUGGGAGGCAUACCAGGACGGCGAGAAGCUUGGCUCGGGGGAGAAUUUGGCCCCCUGGCAUCCAAUUAAGCCAGGAGGAGUUAUUAUCCUGGGACAGGAGCAGGAUACCGUAGGCGGACGCUUCGAUGCCACCCAGGCCUUUGUCGGGGAGCUGAGUCAAUUCAACAUGUGGGACCGCGUGUUGCGGCCGGCAGACAUUAUGGGAAUAGCCAACUGCUCAUCUUACAUGCCGGGCAACAUCGUGCCCUGGGUCAGCAGCAACGUGGAGGUCCUCGGCGGAGCCACCAAGGGACCCCUGGAGAUAUGUGAGGACCGUCUCUUUGACUCUUAGAGCUUUGGGGGCUUGGAGGGACGCCAAACCGACCUGACACCCUUCCCCCAGGCCCAGGCUGCACUGCACAAACCCCAAGUGUCUUCUGAGGAAAAAAAAAUGUCCUUUUCUCAAGAAGAGCAAGUGGGAAGUGCUAUGGUGCUCGUUCAAUGCGCUUCAGUGAUUGGUGCAUCUUUGAUGACGGGGUUCAGUGAUUGGUACAUCUCGUAUUAUGGGCUUCAGUGAUUGGUGUGUCUGUCAUGGGGGUGGGUCGGCUUGGUUUGGUUGGGGGUGUAUAUACAGAAGCAUACAUACACUUACAGUGUUUAACUACAUGUGUGUCCUGCUGUCUUUUUUAUUCUGGUUCUUUGCUACAAUUUAUGUCAUGUGACUCAUAAGUUCCACCCAAGCCAAGCAUUGUACAAUCAUGAACUGAUGUUCUGUUGUUUUAUUAUUAUUAUAAAAUACAGGAAUUUGAAUGUCAACUGACGUUUCUGCUGAUAUUCUGAACAAUUGCCCAAGGUCUAAAGUUAUGAACUAAUCAAUGCUUGUUUGUGUUGAGUCUGUGAAGUGACAGGGAGUCAUUCUGUCACUGAGCGAGUGGGUAGCUUCAGACACACCCACCCAGCUCAGCCAGAAGCUCCCUGCAGGCCUGUUCGGCAGGACAGGGGAAAACGCAAGGAAGUUCAGGAUUUGUGUGAAUUCAGCCCCUAUGCAAGUGAGGCAAACUGGAACCAAUCGGACGCUGAAAUGAAGCAACAUCCCAAGGAAACAAUUACUGCGAUGUAUCUACUUUUACAUUAGAAGUAGAUAUCGCCAGAGUCUACUAUAUAUUUUAGGUUUUAUACGCUUAUUUUGACCCAUUGUGCUUUAGAAUAAUAUGGAUGAGGAGAGAAUGAAUCUUUAUGCCGGGGUCUCGAGGGCACGUACGACUCGGGUACGGCUCGGAUACGGUUCGGGUACGGCUCGGAUACGGUUCGGGUACGGUUCAGGUAUGGCUCGGGUACAGUUCGGGUAUGGCUCGGAUACGGUUCGGGUACGGUUCAGGUAUGGCUCGGGUACAGUUCGGGUAUGGCUCGGAUACGGUUCGGGUACGGUUCAGGUAUGGCUCGGGUACAGUUCGGGUACGGCUCGGGUACAGUUCGGGUACGGCUCGGAUACGGUUCGGGUACGGUUCAGGUAUGGCUCGGGUACAGUUCGGGUACGGUUCGGGUACAGCUCGGUUCUCGGUGGUAGUGGAAAAGCGCCAGUAGAAACAGGAGUGACAUUUUUCAGGUGCAGAGGAAGGUCUGUCUCCUUCACCCAUACAAAUCCCCUAGAUCACGUGAUAACUGGACAGUAAUGUUUACAUCGUCUGCGUGCUUAGUGCCAGAUUUUAUGAGCAGAUCUUUGUGUCUAUGUAAUUUAUAUCAGUUUGUGCUGACUUCUGUCUUACACUGGUUCCCAUCUGUGUUGCAGAUAUUUUUGUGCAACAUAUGGUAAUUUUAUGUUUGUGAAAAUGUGAUUAUUUCUAGUUCAGCACUGAAAAAAAAGUUGCAUAUGUUGUGUUUGGGCAGCAUUUGCGUUUGCUAAAAACCCAUUAAAAAGAACACCUUAACGCUCAUGAAUUAAACUGGUCCGCAUCCAGUCCCAGAAAGAUUUAAACCAAAGAGAAGCAUCCCUGUAUUACAAAAGAACAUUCCUUUGGCCAAGCCGGUGGCUGCAGGGUUGCUCAAAAUACCAUUUUUCCUUUGCUAUUGUUGGCUUAUGCAUUCUGAAUUAAAUAAACGCUUAGAAACUUUUACAAUUGCAUCAGCUUCUCUUCCUACGUGAUUUUUCUCUGCACUGCAGGCUUUAAAGCAUGGAGCACUUUUCUAUUGCCUUUUUUAUAUUCUGGCAUCAUUUAUUUUUACAGUUUGUCUGUAGCAUGUGACUAAAGAGGAAGCUCUGCUGACAGCCAGCGCCUCUAACAUCAUCCCCAUGUAGGAAGUGACUUAAUGGAAUGAGACAGUGGAGGUAAACAAAGUGUAGAAACCGGUGUUUUUCACACCAGCAGAGCAUGCAGGAGCACUUUCUCUGUCUGUACAUUACAAAGUUUGCGUACAGUUUUUGUAACGUUUGCAUUUGCUUUCAUUAAAACUGGAAAAUGUGCGUUCUCUGUUCACGGAAACUAAGCGUGAAGAGAAGAGGCGUAUCCUGCGUUCCUCUGUGAUCCCCUGCUGUAAGAGGACUUUAAGGCAGCGUUUUAUAUGGACACUGUAUGGAUUUCUGUGCUGCACCAAAUGUGCUUUCAAAGAUCAAUGGUUCUGCAAACCACUCAUUUUGCCAAUGAGAGAAAUUCAUUGGUGAAUGGGGAUGACAGUCCACCAUUGUUGCUGUUUGUUUGUGAGGAUUGUUUUAUUUUGUGAAUUGUGCAUGUUGAUCCCUCAAACCCAAUAAAUAAACCUAAAUUCCUAA